CGGCCUGUCCGGCCAGGGUCAGCCAGCCGCCGCAGUCUGGACGCCGAGCUAGCCGGCCCGCUUCUUCUAGACGGCCUCCCCGGGAAGAGAGAGGGCAGCCACUCCCGCCGGGCUGGGAGACGGGCGCUGCCCCCGCCAUGCUCUCCGGACUGGCCCGGGCCGCGGCCCUGAGGCUCGGGGCGCCCUGCGCACGAUGGUUGGGAAGCCGGGCCGGGGUCCCAGCCCACGUGGUGGACCUGCGCAGCGACACGGUGACCAGGCCCGGGCCGGCCAUGAGGCGCGCCAUGGCCGAGGCGGUCGUGGGGGACGACGACUACGGCGAGGACCCCACCGUCCGCGAGCUGCAGGAAAGGGCCGCCCAGCUGCUGGGGGUGGAGCAGACUCUGUUUGUGCCCACCAAUACCAUGGCCAACCUCAUCUGUGUGAUGGGUCACUGCCGGCGCCGGGGCUCCCAGCUCCUCCUUGGGCAGGAGUGCCACCUCCACGUCUAUGAGCAGGGCGGGGUGGCUCAGAUUGCUGGGGUGCACUCUCACUUGCUCCCAGACCUGCCCCAUGGGACCCUGGACCUGGAUGAGCUGGAGAGGGUGAUCACUCGGGGCCUUGGGAACCCAUAUCACCCAGUCUGUGAGCUUGUAUGCCUAGAGAACACACAUAGCAGCUCAGGGGGCCGGGUCCUCCCUAUCGACUACCUCCGCCAGGUACACCUCUUGGCCCAGUCCCAUGGGGCCCGUGUCCACCUGGAUGGAGCUCGACUGAUGAAUGCAGCUGUGGCUCUGCGUGUCCCCCCCGCCCGCAUUGUGGAGCAUUGUGACUCUGUGUCCUUCUGUCUCUCCAAGGGUCUGGGUGCACCAGUGGGGGCCCUGGUCGGGGGGCCCAAGGAUUUCAUCCAAGAAGCGUGGCGACUCCGUAAAGCCCUGGGUGGGGGCAUGCGCCAAGCCGGGGUGCUCGCCGCAGCCGCCCUUGUGGGACUGGCUGAGGCAGAGGAAGAGCUGCCGAGGGACCACGAGAACGCGCGGAGGUUUGCCAGAGGACUCCAGGCCUUGGCAUCGCCCCACUGCUCUGUGGAUCCUGCUGCUGUGGAGACCAACAUGGUGCUGGUGAAGGUGGUCGGGCUGCCUGCUGCGGACCUGUGCCAGCGCCUGCAGGCUGUGAGCCCCGACGAGGUGGCCCAGACAGGCCAUGCUGUGCGCGUGCUGCUGUUUCCCUGGACAGAGCAGUCUGUGCGUGCCGUGUGGCACCGUGACGUCUCCACCCAGGACACUGAGCUGGCACUGAGGAAGUGGGAGUUUGUGCUGAGGCAGUUGGGGCCCUGAGGAUGGGGCCCUGGGCCCUGGGCCCCGGCUGGGAUUGAAGUGGGGCGUGGAAGUGCCCCGAGCCUCUGGCAGAGAAGUACAGGCCAGUCUCUGGGGGAAGAUGACUCCGCCCAGAGCCUACGGUUUUCUCAGUUAUGCAUAUGUGAUGUCCCCACUCAGUCAGAGACAACCAGGCAAGGGAUGGGACAAGAUGUGACUGAAAAUCAAGAGAAAAACACAGACAAAAGAAACAGACACAGGAUCAUAAUAAUGGACUUGUUAUACACAGGAUUUAAAAUAAAAUAUUUAAGAAAUCAAAGGCAAAAGCAUAAAGUUUGACAGACAACUUGAAAUCAUAGGACUACAUGGAAAUUCUAAAACUGAAAAAUAUAAUAAAUUAACUCAGCCGGGCAUGAUGGCGCAUGCCUGGAAUCCCAGCAACAUGGGAGGCUGAGGCAGGAAGAUUGCAAGUUUGAGGCCAGCCUCAGCAACUUAGCGAGACCUGUCUCAAAAUAAAAAAAUAAGAAGAAGAAGAUAAAAAGGGCUGGGGAUGUGGGUCAGUGGUUAAGCAUCCCUAGGUUCACUCCCUGAACAAAAAAAAAAAGAAGUCAGUGGAUAGGUUGGAAAGCAGAUAAGACAUAGCUCAAGAGAAAUGCAUGGAAGAGAAAGAACAGGAAAAAAUAUAUCUGCAUAAACAGACCCAAAAGUCAUUCUGUGAAGAGUAAUCAAAUCGAAAACCCUGGUAAAACUGACCAAGAACGAGAGGGGGAAGCACAGAGAGUUUCUGACAAUAUAAGAAGGAUAAAAUUUAAAUUGCUUGUAUUAUAACCAAGAAUGACUACCACUAA